UCCCGCGGCGCCCAGGCGACUUUCAUGCAGCGGCAGUUCAGCGCGAUGCUCCAGCCGGGCGUCAACAAGUUCUCGCUGCGGAUGUUCGGCUCGCAGAAGGCGGUGGAGCGCGAGCAGGAGAGGGUCAAGUCCGCCGGCGCCUGGAUCAUCCACCCGUACAGCGACUUCAGGUUCUACUGGGACUUCACCAUGUUGCUUUUCAUGGUGGGCAACCUGAUCAUCAUCCCCGUCGGCAUCACCUUCUUCAAAGAGGAGACCACAGCUCCCUGGAUCGUCUUCAACGUGGUGUCGGACACCUUCUUCCUCAUGGACCUUGUUAUGAACUUCCGGACGGGCAUCGUCAUCGAGGACAACACGGAUAUCAUCCUGGAUCCCGAGCGGAUCAAGAAGAAGUACUUGAAGAGCUGGUUUGUGGUGGACUUUGUCUCCUCCAUUCCUGUGGAUUAUAUCUUUCUCAUUGUGGAGAAGGGCAUGGAUUCCGAGAUGUACAAGACCGCGCGCGCCUUGCGCAUCGUCCGCUUCACCAAAAUCUUGAGUCUCCUGCGGCUACUGCGUCUCUCCCGUCUAAUCCGGUACAUUCACCAGUGGGAAGAGAUAUUCCACAUGACGUACGACCUGGCCAGCGCUGUGAUGCGAAUCAUCAACCUCAUUGGGAUGAUGCUCCUUCUUUGCCACUGGGAUGGCUGCCUCCAGUUCCUGGUUCCAAUGCUGCAGGAUUUCCCCAUUGACUGCUGGGUCUCCAUCAACGGCAUGGUGAACGAUUCCUGGAGUGAGCUGUACUCCUUUGCGCUCUUCAAGUCCAUGAGCCACAUGCUUUGCAUCGGAUACGGGCGCCAGGCGCCAGAAAGCAUGACUGACAUCUGGCUGACGAUGCUGAGUAUGAUCGUGGGAGCGACGUGCUAUGCCAUGUUCAUUGGCCACGCCACAGCCCUCAUCCAGUCUCUGGAUUCCUCUCGGCGCCAGUAUCAAGAAAAGUACAAACAAGUGGAACAGUACAUGUCCUUCCACAAACUCCCAGCUGACUUCCGGCAAAAGAUCCAUGACUACUACGAACAUCGCUACCAGGGCAAAAUGUUUGAUGAGGACAGCAUCCUUGGGGAGCUGAACGAGCCUCUGCGAGAGGAGAUAGUCAACUUCAACUGUCGCAAACUGGUGGCCUCCAUGCCGCUCUUUGCCAACGCCGACCCCAAUUUUGUCACAGCCAUGCUCACCAAACUGAGAUUCGAAGUCUUUCAGCCAGGGGACUACAUCAUCAGGGAAGGCACCAUUGGGAAGAAGAUGUACUUCAUUCAACAUGGGGUGGUCAGUGUCCUCACCAAAGGCAACAAAGAGAUGAAGCUUUCAGAUGGAUCCUAUUUUGGAGAGAUUUGCCUCCUGACCAGAGGGCGUCGAACUGCGAGUGUCCGCGCGGAUACCUAUUGCCGCUUGUAUUCCCUCUCAGUGGACAAUUUUAAUGAGGUCCUAGAGGAAUACCCCAUGAUGAGGCGGGCAUUCGAAACAGUUGCUCUGGAUCGACUGGAUCGCAUUGGGAAGAAGAACUCCAUUCUCCUGCACAAGGUGCAGCACGACCUCAAUUCCGGCGUCUUCAACAACCAGGAGAACGAGAUCAUCCAGGAGAUCGUCAAGUACGACCGGGAGAUGGUUCAACAGGCCGAGUUCCAACAGCAAAACCCCAUGUAUACCCCAGCUCAGCCACAGGUCACCUCAGCGAUCGCCACCCUCCAGCAGGCCGUGGCGAUGAGCUUCUGCCCUCAGAUGGCCAACCCGUUGACCGGCUCAGUCAGUCUCGGGUCCCCACGGAUGGUCCGCCGGCUCCAACCAAGGAGGUCUCCCCGGGGCCUUCGCCAUCUCGCCAGCCUUGCUCCAGCAGCAUCACCAACAGCAGCAGCUGAACCUACAACAACAGCAGCAGCAACAACAACUGGGUGGCCCGAUGUUCCAGAACAUGCCGCGGGCCCUGCAGCCGAACGUCCCACUCCAGCAGCAGCCCCCACCUCCCCAGCCUCCAAUGGCCGCUUCCGCUGGCCCUUUCCACUCCGUAGUGUCCAGCCCCUCUUCCCAGAGCCCUCACGCCAGCCGGACGUUCCCAUACGGGGGUGCCAAGGGUCAGUCGGGGUCCCAGCUCUCGCUAACUCAGCAGAAGCCGCCCGGCUCGCCGCAGCGGCUGGCGGCUCACAAGAGCACCCAGGCUCUUCACACAAGCAGUCUCAGCCAGGAGACUCGGCCUCUUUCGGCCUCCCAGCCCUCCCUCCCCCACGGCGUCUCUCAAACGCCGAGCCAGAGCCCGUCGUCUUCGGCUCACGAGUCCAACGCUUCGAUCGCCGCAGGGCAGGGGGCCUCGCCGUCAUCGCCCGCCAUUUCGACCCAGAAUGCCGGUAA